CUUAUUAAAUAGAUAUAAAAUGGAAUAAAAUGAAGUUUUGAAAUGGUGCUUGAUUCAGAUUCCACGCUUCUGGAUGGCACUGAAAGCAGCGUGAGCACGAAAUCUCGCCAGAAACGAAAGAAAAUUAGCUCUCCCUAUAAGGCCAAAACAUCACUUCCCAAGAAUCUUGACCCGGACAAGCGACGUGCUCAAUGGCUGCAGGAUUUACGAAGUGGCAACGGACGUACAAUGUCUGGCCGCGCCAUUACUGGGACUACAGGUACUGGAGCUAGCACUUCCCGGUCCAACAAGAGUGCAGUGUCAGCCAGGUCUGUCAAGGUCACGAUGAACACUGAUGCUGAAGACGCCGCCUUUUUGAGCACAUCGAAAUUCCUGCAGAAGAAGCUGCUCGAAAGUCACAUAGGGCCCACCAAACCGACCAAGGCUUCUUUUGCGCCUAGCAGCAAAGACCCCGGAGACAUGGCGGAUGAGAUCGUGGAGUUGAAGAGACGACUGGCCGAGAUAGAGAGUGUCUCAAGCGUGAACAAGGGCAGAAUGCGACGACUGGAAGAAGACAAUUCACGCAAGGACAAGCAGAUCGAGAAGUUGUUGAACCCUGGAGGCAGUUCGGAUGAUGCGAGGAGGGCUCUGGCUGAGAGAGGGGGCGGGGACAACUCCUCAGUGGUGAACAGUCUCAAGAACAAAAACAUCAAAUUGGAACUCACUCUCAAAGAAAAAGAGAACGAACUAAGGAAACUGAAGGAAGACGUGAAGACUACACGUAGUGAAGAGAUGAAGAUCUGCAUGGAGGCGUUCUACCAGGAGAUAGUCCGACUCAGAGCAGCUGUACACACUGGCAAGAAGACGACUUUAGGAACAGAUACUUCACGACAGGAGAGAGAGGAUUUCGCCUCCAGUCGCAAAAUGAAGACACUCAAUGCAAACAUCCUCAGAUUGUCGGAGGCGAACAAGGACCUGGAGGUGGAGAAUGAGAAACUGAAGGGGGAGUUGGAGUCCCUGAAGGACAGUCUGGACAGACCCGAGAGUGGGGAGCUGGAAGACAUGAGCAGGGAACAAUUGUUGCACCACGCACACACCACACAACAGAAACUGGACAGGUUUGAACAAGUCAUGGCCGACCAAGUAGACGACGAAGACGAGAAUGCUAUUCCAGGUAAACUUAAGUUAGAGGGGUCAUUUGCUGAGAGGUUCGCUGCACUGGAUAAACGAGAGACGGAGCUGCUUCAGAACCUAGAAAAGGCAAAGACGAAUCUGAUAAAGACGAGGGAAGAAAGAGACGAGUGGAGGACCAAAUACGAUGAUGUCAGGAAAGAUUUUGAGAAACAUCGGAGCUCACAGCCACCUCCACUCCAGCCCAAUUCAACUGUCAUAGGGGGCGCUCUACCCCCUAGAACAAACACUACAAGUAUCGCGGGCUCUGAGACUGGGGAGGGUGAUUUGCAGAGACAGAGGAGAGAGGAUGACGAGGAAUGGAGAAAGAGGGGGAGGGUGGCUAAGAGGUCGUCGCCUACCGGGCGGGAGAGUAGGGAGGGCUCAGCCACUAGGUCGGAUAAAUCUCAAAACUACGAAACGACUGUUCAACUGCAGAGCAUACUGCGAGCACAUCUGGCCAGAUCGCAAGUCAAGUCCACAACUGCAUCUUCGGCUAAGCAACCCUAUUCGGCCUCAGUUGCAAGUGCGAACAGACCCCACAGCAGUGUAACUGCGCCUCCUAGCCGAACAGGGCCGACUGGCCGAAAGAGUCCUGACUCGGAUAAUGAAAGCACAGCCAGGACUCUCACAUCAAAAUCGGCUAAAUUGGAGCCAAUCACAGAUCGGUCUGAGGCGUCGAGUAGUGUGUGGAGUCUGGACAUACAGACCCCCAAAGCCAGUCCAGGCAAAUCGACCAGCUCAAAGUUGGCACUAGAUUCGCCGGUGACUUCCCCGAAAGCACGGCUGAGAACUAAGACACAGAAAGAGCCGAGCUCCGAAAGCGAAUUAAACAAAAGCGACGACAAAACCGAAGCAACCGAGGACCCCUCAGAGAGUGAUUUGAGCGUUCCGAGGGCUGCGGCGAGGCGGCGACGACCCGGCGAAGAUGACGAAGACGUAUUCGGGUUUUGAUAGCCAGAUUAAAAAGUCUAUUGAAUUUAGACUGUUAUAAUUUCAAGGCUUCUCGCAUGAUUGAAAAGGUAAAAUCGCACUUAAAUAAACGUCUGCAAGUAACAGACUAUCACUUGUUUCAUAAUCAGUGCGGACGCAGAAAUUUCGAAUUGUUUGUCGUUUUUUUGGCUCAAACAUAAGUUAUCCGCCUGCAUUCAAAACACUUAAAAGACCCUAUUAUUGAAAAGAAUUCUAUUGCCUGGGAUUUUUCUGAAUGGUUUGCUGAAAUUGUUUUGGAAACUAUUCAAGAUCUGUUCACCUAGGAACUGUAAUUUACAUUUUUUUCUAUUUGCAGAUAUUACUGAAAAUCAUUCGAGAAGCUUUAAGUUCCAUCAAGCCAAAGAUAGUAGAAACAGGCGCUCAAGGAAAAGAAACAAAAUAGUUUCAUAUGUUUUCUUGUAAAUUUUAAUAAUUGUGUAUAGUUGUAUAUGUAAAUCGCGCUGCAUCGUUUGUUGUGUAAAAAGAUCAAAUGCACUAAAAAUAGUAAUUUAAUUGAAUUUUUUUGAGCAUGCUGA